CUUCCGUUCGUUGAACCUCCGACGCAAUUAGGUAACUCUCUCGAUAUCGCGCUAGCUUCUUUCUCACGUUUAGAGAAACUUCUCGCGCUCAAUAAUAAUCUUGCUGAUAAGUAUCGUGAUUUUAUGCGAGAGUACGAGUCGCUCGGUCAUAUGUCUCGUAUUGGUCCAGUAGAAAAUGACAAUUCUUUUAGAGUAUUUAUUCCGCAUCAUCCUGUCUUCCGUGAUCAAAGUCAAACUACGAAAUUGAGAGUCGUCUUUAACGCGUCUAGGCCUACUUCCACGAAAGUUUCAAUUAAUGAUUGUUUGCACGUAGGACCAGAGCUUCAGAAUGACAUAUCUUCUAUUCUACUCCGGUGGUGUCAACAUCGGUACGUUUUGUGUGCGGAUAUAGCUCACAUGUUCCGACAAAUCUAUGUUCAUCCUGCUGAUCGUAAGUUUCAGUGCAUUCUCUGGCGUGAGACACCCGAUGAACCUGUCCAGAUUUUUGAACUGAAUACUGUGACAUAUGGGAUGACCUGUUCUCCAUAUCUUGCAAUUCGGGUAAUACGUCAAUUGGUUGCGGACAAAAAGGCUGAUUACCCUUUGGCAGCUGCAGUUUUUGCGAACGACACCUAUGUGGAUGAUUUAUUCGUUUGUGGAAUUGAGAAGCCUUCCACUCUUGUUUUAAGAGAUCAGCUUAUUCAAUUGGCUUCCUCUGGUGGUUUUCGCUCACGUAAGUGGUUUAGCAAUUGCUCUGAUCUACUCUCAGGUUUGGAUGAAUCGGAGCACGGUUUAGCGAUGGAAAUCCCCUUUGAUGAUUCUUAUUCCGGAUUCAAAGUUCUUGGGAUUUUAUGGAAUCGUUCAGACGAUGCAUUUCGCUUUCACACUUCGGAGUUGGUUAAUGAAAAUGCUACUAAACGAUCAUUGCUUUCAACAGUUGUCAGGUUGUAUGAUCCUAUGGGAUGGCUGGCUCCAGCUACUAUUAUUGCGAAAAUUCUACUACAAGAACUCUGGUUAAGAAAACUUGAAUGGGAUCAACCGCUGCCCCUUGACCUUGCUCAGGAAUGGCAUGAAUUUUGCUCUAAAUUACCUGCCUUGUCGAGUAUUUCAAUUCCAAGAUGGACUUCCCAAGGUGCAGAUACUCAGUCGAUUCAGAUACAUGGGUUCUCCGACGCAUCCCGCCUAGCUUAUGCUGCUGCUGUAUAUUUGCGCAUCGUUUCCGAAUCCGGCCAAAUCUUCGUUAAACUUCUCAUAGCUAAAACCAAGGUUACACAGAUUAAAACA